AUGAUUUGUAAGAAAUGGUUUGCUCCCCACACCGGAGCUCACGCUAUCACCGAAGUCAGAACCACUAAUUCUUACAUAGGACCGAAGAGAAGAAGGUAUUUCUGGGAUAACAAACUUGAUCACCUACAUGCCGGGCUGUUCAACGCGACAACCGAAUUAGAAUCCCUAUAUCUCAAGAAUAAUCAACUUGUUGACCUACCUGACGGGCUGUUCAAAGCCACAACCGAAUUACAAACCCUAGAUUUGAGAGGUAAUCAACUUGUUCACCUACCUGUCGGGCUGUUGAGCGCCACAACCAAAUUACAAAAGCUAGAUUUGGAUGAUAAUCCACUUGUUAACCUACCAGCCGGACUGUUUAAUGCGACAACCAAAUUGGAAUACCUAUAUUUGAGCCGUACUCAAUUGGAUUACCUACCUGCAUGGCUGUUCGACGCCACACCCAGAAUAAAGGUCAUAUAUUUCUGGGGUAAUAAAUUUGAUCACCUACAUGCCGGGCUGUUCAACGCGACAACCGAAUUAGAAUCCCUAUAUUUCAGGAGUAAUAAACUUGUAGACCUACCUGACGGGCUGUUCAAAUCCACAACCAAAUUACAAAUCCUAGAAUUUUAUGAUAAUAAACUUGUUCACCUACCUGUCGGGCUGUUCAACGCCGCAACCAAAAUACGAAAGCUGGUUUUCUACUGGAAUAAACUUGUUCACCUACCAGCCGGGCUAUUCGACGCCACAACCGAAUUGAGAAGCCUGAAUUUGGCCCAUAAUCAACUUGUUCACCUACCUGACGGGCUGUUCAAAGCCACAACCAAAUUACAACACCUGUUUUUGCAUUCUAAUAAUCUCCGCUAUCUUCCCAGUGGAGUGCCUCAAGACACACCUCACUUAAUUAAUCUGUAA